AUGCUCUGCUUCGUUUCCUCAGCUCGCUCUUGGAGAGGAUAUCGACACCUACCCAUUCAGCAUGCGUUGCUAAGACACGCCUCUGGACUUGCGGACUAUUGUAGACCAGUGCAUGGGGUAUCUACCGCCGCACCGAACACAGAUCAGCCUGAACAGCAUUCACAAGAAGAAAAAGAAGCCAUCGUGACUUUGGUGCAACCCCUCACCCUGUGAAUCCAACGGAUCCAUGUUCUCUGCUUCCAACAGAGGUCUGGCACAAGAUCCUGUCCCUUCUGCCGCUGUCCCAAGUCGCCAGGAUUUCUGUUCUCUCGGAAACAUGGCUUGAUGGGUCGCGUUCGUUUGCGGCCUGGAAGGCCAUAUGUCAGGCUGCCAACCUCGGUGAACCCAAGAAAAAAUGCCUUUUACAACUAUUCUUUCACCGAGACGGAUCUCAGAGACCUUCACUGCGAUGUACGACGGAAUCCCUACAAGCGUUUAGGCACCCCGAUGCGAUUGUACCGUACCUAUGAGCUUCAGAAGCGCGCUCUGGAACUGCAUGGAGGGUGGAUCGGGGUCGACUGCUGCAAGAAUAAGGUGGCGAGGAGCCGAAACAGGGCGUUUACGAUCAGAGAAAAAGGCAGAGACCCAAGCGCGGCAAAGGGCAAGGGCAAGGGCAAGGACGAUAACAAGAACAAACAAGGAGUUGACAAUGCUGGUGUUGCGGAAGGCAACCAGAAUCAAGACGAGACUAGUCGUGCGAAUCAGGAUGAAACCAACAGACAAGGGCAAGGCACCAGUCGGGAACAGCUCGAGGACGGUAGCAAUGUCGACAACAGCAUUGCGGGAACAAAUAGAUGCGCAGCUUUAAACGCUAUUGCUGGUGAUAUUGCGGGUCCCCUCGCUAUUGAGAACGAGGUCCAGAAUGCGAUCCAGGUCCAGGUUUAACUAGCCUGUGACCCAUGAUAUUGUACUUUUACAGUCUUGCGCAUAACUUCCUUUGCCCUUACCACUCAUUUUGCAUGCUCAUACUAUGCCAUGCUUCUGAAAGGGUUGAUAUCAGCAAUAAAAAUGUAUUCGAUUCAGCAAUUGCUCA